CCCGCCUCAGAGCACCCCAAACCAGUCAUCAUGAAGGUCCCUGUCCUUUUUGUCAUCGUUCUGCUCUCUCUCCUGGCUCUCCACUCUGCCCAGGGGGCUGCCCUAGGAGAAUCUCAGGGAUGGACCACUGAGUCUAAUUAUGUAGAGAGUUCUGAGAACACAGACACACAGUUCCUGAAUGUGGACAGGUGGCGGUCUGCCUUUCAGAGCAAGGAAUUCCUAAACUGGCAUGCUCUCUUUGAGGCUAUUAAAGAAAAACUCCCCUUCCUCAAUUGGGAAGCCCUCCCCAAGUUGAAGGGAAUGAGGAGUAUGAUUCCUGAUGCACACUGACAUUCCAAAUAUGCAGGACCUGGACCAACACCCCCAUAAUGAAACCCUGAUUUUCAAUAUUUACACCACUCUGAAACUUGGGGGACGAAUCUGGGAUCUGCUUCAUCCCAGACAUCUCCCUUUGCCCUGUAAGUCUAAUAAAAAUGAUUCCACCUUUGAAA